GCGAUUUUAAUUCAGUCAGCUUCCAAACGCGCGCGGGCUCGCACGUGCGUUCUAUUUUUUUAACUUUUUUAUUUUAUUUCCCUACAUAAAAGUGGCUGUGAUACACUAUUAGUGAUAUUAGUUAAAUAGUUAUCGGAAGAUUUAUCUGGUUAAAGAGUACAGAAAUGUUUAUAGACGAGAAUGAGACGCCGGCGUCAUGGUGGGUGUCGUUGGCGCUGAAGGCGAUCCGCGCGGUGACGCUGGUGUUCGACAUCAUCUCCUUCCCCGUGCACCUCGUCAUCCAGCGGCCCUGGCGGAAGCGCGCGCUCUCCAGGAGAAUCAAGGCGCGCAUAAUCGAGUCAACAGCGGACAGCAUCACAGUGCGGUCGGUGUCGGCGCCGUGCGAGCUGCACGUGCGGCUGGUGCGCGACGGCGUGGCCACCAUGGAGGCCAUGCUGCGCGCCGCCGCCGCGCGCUGGGGGCAGCGCCAGUGCCUCGGCACCCGCCAGGUGCUGUCCGAGGAGGACGAGCCGCAGCCCAACGGGCGCGUCUUUAAGAAGUUCAAGAUGGGCGAGUACCAGUGGGUGUCGUACGUGGAGGUGGAGCAGCAGGCGCGCACGUUCGCGGCCGGGCUGCGCGAGCUGGGCUGCCGCGCCGGCCGCAGCGUCGCCAUGUUCGCCGAGACGCGCGCAGAGUGGAUGGUCGCCGCGCACGGCUGCUUCAAGCAGACCAUACCCGUGGUAACAAUCUAUGCGACCCUGGGUGACGACGCCAUCGCACACGGCAUCAACGAGACAGAGGUGUCCACCGUCAUCACCACACACGACCUGCUGCCCAAGUUCCGCAAGAUACUCGCCAAGACGCCCAAGGUCGACACGAUCAUCUUCAUGGAGGACCAGCUGAAGACUACCGACGUGACCGGCUACAAGGAGGGCAUCAGGAUCGUCGGCUUCAAGGACGUGCUCAAGAGGGGCUCCACCUCGAAGAUUGAGCCAGUGCCGCCGUCGCCGUCGGACACGGCCAUCAUCAUGUACACCAGCGGCUCCACUGGCGUGCCCAAGGGCGUCAUCCUCUCACACCGCAACAUGGUCGCCACGCUCAAGGCGUUUGCGGACGCUAUGCCGAUCUUCUCGGGUGACGUGCUGAUGGGAUUCCUGCCGCUGGCGCACGUGUUCGAGCUGCUGGCAGAGUCGCUGUGCAUCAUCGGCGGCGUGCCCAUCGGCUACUCCACGCCGCUUACCAUGCUCGACUCCUCCUCCAAGAUCAUGAAGGGCAGCAAGGGUGACGCCACCGUGCUCAGACCUACUUGCAUCACCGCCGUACCGUUGAUAAUGGACCGCAUAAGCAAGGGCAUCACAGACAAGGUGUCGCGCAGCGGCGAGUUUGCCAGCGCCUUCUUCCGCUGGGCGUACUCCUACAAGGAAACCUGGAUGCGACGCGGCUAUGACACGCCCAUACUCAACAAGAUUAUGUUCACGCGGGUGCGCGCGCUGCUGGGCGGGCGCGUGCGGCUCAUGAUCUCGGGCGGCGCGCCGCUGUCGCCCGACACGCACACGCAGGUGCGCGUGUGCCUGUGCUGCGACGUGGUGGCCGGCUACGGGCUCACCGAGACCACCUCCACCGCCACCGUCAUGGACCCGCACGACAGAUCGACAGGCCGCGUGGGCGCGCCCUGCACCGGCACGGACAUCAAGCUGGUCAACUGGGAGGAAGGCAACUACCGCGUCAACAACAAACCAUUCCCACAGGGUGAGAUAGUGAUCGGUGGCGAGAGCGUGGCGGAGGGCUACUACAAGAACCCGGAGAAGACGCGCGAGGAGUUCGUGGAGUUGAACGGCCGCCGCUGGUUCCGCUCCGGGGACAUCGCCGAGCUGCACCACGACGGCUGCAUCAAGAUCAUUGACCGCAAGAAGGACCUGGUGAAACUGCAAGCGGGCGAGUACGUGUCCCUCGGCAAGGUUGAAGCUGAACUAAAGACGUGCCCCAUCGUGGAGAACAUCUGCGUUUACGGCGACAGCAGCAAGACGUACACGGUGGCGCUGUUGGUGCCCAACCCACACCACUUGGCCGAGCUGGCGGCCAAGCUGGGCCUGCCCGAGAUGGACUUCGACCAGCUUUGCCAGAACGGCGCUGUCGAGAAGGCCGUUGUCAAGGAGAUCGCCGAUCAUGCUAAGAAAUGUGGACUGGAGAAGUUCGAGGUGCCGGCGGCGGUGAAGCUGUGCACGGAGGUGUGGUCGCCGGACAUGGGGCUGGUGACGGCCGCGUUCAAGAUCAAGCGGAAAGACAUCCAGGAGCGCUACAAGGAGGACAUCAAGCGCAUGUACGCCUCGUGAGACCCCCCCGCCGGCCCCGCCGCCCCCGCCCACCAGCCGCGGCCACGAGAGGUCUAUUGAUACGUAACGACAGCUCGUGAGCAGCACGCCGGUCGUGUCCACAAAUUCUGGUAAUGGUUUCGUUGCGUAUGAAUUACACCUUUUCUAGGGAUCAUGUUAGGUAAAUUGUGCGUGGAUAGUUCGGUGUCCACCGAGUUGUACAGAGCCGCGGCGCCAUACUACACGUCUUCGUUUACUUUACGCUUACUUGGCUGCAUUAUUUCAAACGGUGUACAGAUACGCGUAGUAUGUAGACUUUGAUCUUGUAAAUUAUUUAUGGAAGAGAUUAGGCCUCAAUUUUUUUAUAGAAAUAUUUGUAUAUCGAGCACAUCACAUGGUAAACUAUUUAUAUAGCGACUGUAAAAUAAAAUUGUUUCGUAUGCCAAAAAUGUUUAAACAUAAUAAAUACCAGAAGAAUAUUUCAAUCAAAUUACACUGUAAUACUUAAAUAUUAAUCAUAAUAAAUUGGAACACAUAUGAAACUUCAAUCGGUUCUAAGUUUCUAUAUUUGUAAGUUUGUAAAUAUUUCUUUCUAAAUAUUGUAGUGUUCGUGCAAAUUGUAUGUGUGGGGAUGGAUGGAAGCUGUGUAUACAAGUGCAACCUGGGUCACAAUGUAAACAACCGAGUACAGUCUAUGAGAUUCUUGUAGAAACGAAAUUAUUAAUUUAUAGAUCUGAAUUGAGGCAGAUGUAAUUUUAAACAUGUAUGUUUGGGUGGUGCAAUUCAUGUCGAUAUUGUAGAUUCGAGUGUAGAUAUGGGCCUAGCAUUUGAAAUGUAUAGCCGUGAUAGGUCGUCUCCCGCUCCGCAAGCCAUGCAACAGGAACCGCUCGCUCGGCGGCGCGGGCGCACUGAAAUUUAAACUCGUUAGUUAAGCUAAUUAUAAUAGUACUUAGGGGUGGGGAUAACGUUUGCCGCUGUUUUAUUAAUAAUAAUUUUGCAAUAAUUCGUUUUUAGUUUGUGAAUAUUUCCGGGAUGCGAGUUGUGUUGCGUGUAGUCAGUGCAUAAUCGAUUUGCCAAAUGGUUAAUUUUGUAUUGUUUUUAAUACAAAGCUUAAAAAUAUGUUGAUACAGCUCGAGGAGUUGAAGUCAAUAUACGUUUUAGCGCGGUUAUAAAUUUGUUGAUUAGUUUUACGUAAAUCAUGACCACUUGGUACUCCAGAUUGAUUUCCACAAGAACCUUGCAGCAUUUGUUCUGAUUGGAACGCAUUUCGCUGAGCAUUUACACUCUUUGCAUUACCUGUAUUGUCCGCAACACUUGAAUCAUACAUUUUAUCAGCAUUUGAUAUCGAUACCUAUUUACCUUAGGUAAAUUCCUGAUUAAAAUUAAUUCCAUUGAUGUAUUAAUGUGAAAUACUUGUGUAUGUUACUGUAUAAGGUAGCAACAUAUUUUUCGAUGUGUAAUCAUAAUGAUAUUGAAAUUAUUACAAAUUGUAAGAACAUCCUAUGAUGUCAGUCAGUAGGAGUUUUGCUCAGUUUGUGACUGUAUUUUGUUUCAGAUUCUUAAAACUGAAGAAAUUUUGUAUUAUUUAUUCAAUAAAUGUUAAUAAAAUCA